UAUGACAUUCAUCUCUCAUAUCUCAAAAAACUCUCACAGAAGCUCUCUACCUGGACGCUUUGACCGAGUCGACUACCUCUCCGGCGGCUCACUCCGGCGGCACUGUUACGGAAGACAAAGUGGCCGAUCGUUGAGGACCUACUAAGUCAUAUGGCUUCCUCUUUUUCCAUUGCCAUGUCGACAUGGCCACAGCGCAUGUGUUCUUGUGGCUAUGGCCAUUGUCUUGUGAAGGUAUCCAGAUCUCACAAAAAUCCUGGGCGUGCAUAUUAUGUUUGCCCCCCGGCCCAUGCAGUGAGGUAAUUGGAUUGGUUGGUGUGACGAAUCAGGGACACGGAUCCUUGACCAUGACUCUGGGUCAACCGAUGUCAUGCAGUAGUGUAAUGGUUGCAACACGGUCGUCCCCUCGUACCCCGUCUAAGAAUAAAAGGGUUGGCUCAUCAGGUACCGAAGGCAUUGUUGAUGGCUUAGAUAAUGCACAUAAGGCGAACUGGGACAGUGUAGCGACAGAAAUCUUCUUACAGUGUGUGUUAGGGACGCAAUAUUAGCGGGCUGUCGGGUAGGUACAACCAUAACCAGAACAGGGUAUAAUGAAAUCGCACUGAAAUUCGCUAAGCGCACGGGUAGACGUCAUGACAUUACACAGUUUAAGAACAAAUACAGCAGUUUGACAAAGGAAUGGCAGGCCUGGAUCAAGUUGAUGGAUACCAGUAAGGGUGUGACUGGCAUUGGGUUUGACAGGGAAACUUGGUUGUUCACAGCGUCGGAGGAGUGGUGGGACAAUCUCAAAUCGGUAUGCACAAACAUAUAUUUUAUUGUGCAUAAUAAGUAGCCCCUGUAAUUUUGUACACACAUGUAACUGAAAGUCACUUGUUCGUUGAAUGUCCCAUGUCACUGUGACGGAAAAAUUAAGUUGUACUUUCAUUUCCCAUUUGCAGACAAACAAGAUCGCUUACAAGUUCAAGACAAAAUCAUUAGAGCAUGAAGAUUUGAUACGCGAAGUAUUCACUGGUGCAACUGCGACUGGAAAACACCAUUGGACGCCGGGGGAGAAGGCUGUGGAUGUUGGCGAAGGUAAAUCUGACUCAGUGGACUCUCCUGGGUUAGCACCAUUUACCGAGCCAUACAGACUAGUCGUUAACUCACCUCCAAACUCCCCCACCGUCCACCUUGACGAAGCAGACCCCGGGACAGAGGAAAAAAGGAGGCAACACUAGUGGAAAGUCGAAGAAGGUCUCUACUGGAGCAUCGGUUCUUGUGAAUAGUUUUAACCAUCUGUCUAAGGCGAUUGAAACACAGAAACACCUGACGGUCAGGCACGGAACUGGUGCAUCGCAGAAGUAUGGCUAUCCCGAACUUCAUCAGCACCCCACUGUUCCAUUUCGCCUGCACUGCGUUAGAGAACGUGGAUUACCGGGAAAUAUUGAUGCGCAUGCCAGAUGAUGAGAAUGUAGUCGGUUGGCUUCAAGCAUUGCAGGUUUCAAAAGGCCUGAGUCAUCAACGAAUAAUGUGGAAACGUCAAAGCAGCAACUAUAGAAAUUACGAUGAUGUAACCAUCGAACUCGCAGAGGAAGAAGAAGACCUACAAAAAAGCGUAAUCGGUGAUGCUGCGCAGCAUGCAAUGGAAUAUUACCUGAAGUACAUGGAGCAGAUCCCGUGCCGAACUUCUAUUAUGACCGGUCGUGCAUGGAUUCAAGAAUUGUUUGAUGGACACAUAGGCAGACGUGAACAAAAUUUGCAUAUGCCGCUGUAUGUGUUUCAAGCGUUGUGUGACACAUUGCGAAGCGAUUUCGGUUUACGAAUACCUACAAGACCCCAUGGAUUACACAUUGAAGAAAGUGUUGCGAUGUUCAUCCAUACGUUGGACAGAUGCAAAAACUGAAAACUUCAGGAACGCUUCCAACACUCGAGAGAAACUGUGUCGCGACAUUUCCAUGCAGUGUUGGAAGCGAUGAAGUUGUUCACAAAGUGCAUUGUAAGCCCACCAGAGAUCAAAAUAAUAGGCAUCCAUAUUUGCGAUCCAGAGAGAAAUACGUGCCUUUCAAGCAUUGUAUAGGAGCGUUGGACGGUACUCAUGUAGAAGCCGUGUUGCCUGCCUGUGAUGCCGGCACAUAUUACGGUCACAAAGGAUAUCCAACCCAAAACAUACUAGCAGUAUGCGACUUCGACAUGUGUUUCAUUUUCAUAUCUUGUGGUUGGGAAGGAAGCAUGCAUGACAGUCGCAUCUUUAACGAAAUAAUUGGGAACGAACAUGCACCGUUCCCGCAUCCCCAAGAAGGUAAAUAUUACCUUGUGGAUGCGGGAUAUGCAAACAAGAAGGGGUAUUUGGCACCAUACAAAAAAUCCCGGUAUCAUCAAGCAGAGUUCCGGGAUCGUGGACAACUUGAUAACCCAAGAGAAUUGUUUAACAAGGCGCACGCGUCAUUGAGGAGCGUGGUGGAAAGAACAUUUGGAGCGUGGAAAUCGCGGUGGAAGUUCCUGAACAACAUGCCGGACUAUGAUUUUGCGACGGUGCAGGUGCCAUUGGUUGGUGCGUCAAUGACCUUACACAAUUUCAUCCGUAGGCACGAGAUAGCUGCUAAUGCACACAACGAACAUGUCAGCUGUUCCUCUGUUCCAGAUGACAUGCCCGCUGCGAAAGGCGGACAAAAUAUGGAUGAUGGCCUCAUGGUUGGAGAUACGAAUGUAGAUAUGGCAAGAGUUUGCGUGCGCAUCCGUGACCAUUUGUUUCAAAUACGGAGUCAAGGACUAUUGUGAAAUGCUUGUUAUCUAGUUUAUGUGUUUGUGUAAUUUGUAAUUUGUAUUUCCACAUUGCAAUGGGAUUGUAACAAAUUAUUUAAAUAAGUAAUUUGUGUACGGAGAAUGAAAGUGUGUUGCAAAUUUACAUUUUUUUGAA